AUGGCUCCCAAGGCCAACAUUCCCAUUAUCGAUAUUGCCUCCCCUGACGUCGACAGGGCAAACGUCGCGCGUCAGCUCGUCGACGCCGCUGCUGAGCACGGCUUCAUCUAUAUCCGCAGCACUGGCAAGUAUGUUGCGCUCGGCGAUAUCGACACGGCCUUCAGCCUGGUACUGCUAUUCUUUGAGCUCCCCUCCAAGAAGCUCUUCAAGUCUCCCGUAGAGGAGAAGGCCGCCUGCACGAUCCAGAAGAACAACCGCGGCUGGUCGGGCAUGCACUCUGAAACUCUGGACCCCAAGAACCAGAAGGCGGGUUACCGCCUGGCCUUCAACUUUGGAGAGUUCAGAGACGGCAAGGCCCAGCAGCCGCUCCCCCAAACCAUCCAACCAGACGAGCCAUUUGUCAACUCCUUCAGUGACCAGUGCCACGCCCUUUGCCUAGAGCUCCUCGAGCUCCUCGGCAUCGGCCUCGAAGUAUAUACACCUCAUAUCCCCUUGUCCCGCGGCAAACCGCUCACGCGCAUCCAGGUCGACCCUCCCACCUUCUUCUCCUCCGCUCACCUCCGCUCCCGAGGCGAAUCCGGCACCAUCCUACGCAUGCUCUACUACCCGCCGACCUCUUCCACCGCCGCCUCCCCGGACGACAUCCGCGCCGGCGCCCACUCCGACUACGGCUCACUGACCCUGCUUUUCCGCCUCCGCGGCCAGGCCGGCCUCGAGAUCCUCACCCGCGACAACGCAUGGGCGCCCGUCCCUGUCACCCCACCCGGCACGGAAUCCGACGCUUCCCCGCCCAUCCUCGUCAACAUCGGGGACCUGCUGAGCUACUGGACUAACGGGCUGUUCCGGAGCACCGUCCACCGCGUCGUCUUCGGGGGAGAAGUCGCUGAGGGCGAGACGGACACGGGACCGCGGUACAGCAUGGCCUUCUUCUGCCACCCCGUCGGGUCAGUGGCGUUGGACCCUGUGCCGAGCGAGAGGGUCAAGGGGUUUGUCGCGCCAGAAGGGACGCCGAAUGCGAACCCGUACGCGGAGAGGAAGGUGUUGACUGCGGAUGAGCAUUUGUUCAUGAGAUUGAGGGAGAGCUACAAGGGUUUGUACAAGGAUGAGACCAAGGCGUGA